CAGCCGAAGUAGUGCCCUAGGUUAUGCAAUACGCUACGGAUUGGAACACAGCCCCAAGUCAUCUCGUUUUUAGAGUGCCGGAGACACAGAAAGAGAUUCAGACACGUACUUAGAGAUGGACGCAGAGCGAAAUUUCUGAUUGUUUAGAAACACUUCGACGAUGACGAGGCUGCAGAUGCUCUGAUCUUCAUCAUCAUCAUCAUCAUCGUCAGUAGUAUCCCAGACCUCUCCUUUGCUUCAUCAUGAGCAUUGGAACAAAGUGACAUCUCCCAUCUCCACACUAGUGAAAAUGAACGGUGUGGUUGAACGAUGUGCUUUGCUUUAUUUGGUGUGUGUUCUCAGCUUGAGCACUGCACAGGUUUCCGAUGGAAAUGCCACACUGACAGCGGGUGAGGCGGCGGACGGAAAGACGCCCGUGGUGCUCGGCGUGACGAGUCAGAUCAUCGCCCGCGAGGGGAACUGCGUCCUGAUCGACUGCAACGUCACCGGAGAGCCUUUCCCCAAGGUGCAGUGGUUCAACUCUCACGGACAUCUUCUGGACCCCGAGGCAAUCGAGGGAAAAUGGUGGGUUCUGGAGAACGGGGUCCUCAACAUCACCAGUAUCACCUUCGCAGACCGCGGCAAAUACACGUGCAUGGCCUCUAACGCCCACGGCGUGGCCAACUGCACAGUCACAGUGCGUGUGGUCUUCACCAACGGUGACAUGGGCGUGUACUACAUGGUGUGUGCUCUCAUUGUGACUCUCGCAGAGGGAAAAUGGUGGGUUCUGGAGAACGGGGUCCUCAACAUCACCAGUAUCACCUUCGCAGACCGCGGCAAAUACACGUGCAUGGCCUCUAACGCCCACGGCGUGGCCAACUGCACAGUCACAGUGCGUGUGGUCUUCACCAACGGUGACAUGGGCGUGUACUACAUGGUGGUGUGUCUGGUGACCUUCACCAUCAUCAUGGUGCUGAACGUGACUCGGCUUUGCAUGAUGAGCAGCCACCUGAAGAAAACCGAGAAGGCCAUCAACGAGUUUUUCCGCACCGAAGGAGCAGAAAAGCUCCAGAAAGCAUUCGAGAUCGCCAAACGCAUCCCGAUCAUCACGUCGGCUAAAACGCUCGAGCUGGCCAAAGUCACGCAGUUCAAGACCAUGGAGUUUGCGCGGUACAUCGAGGAGUUAGCGCGCAGCAUCCCUCUCCCGCCGCUCAUCAUGAACUGCCGUACUUUCAUGGAGGAGAUCCUCGAGGUGGUGGGGGUCGAGGAAAUGAGACACACCUUUGUUCGGCAGGCGCCUGAAGGUCAGGAAGGAAGUUCUCGUUCUGCCGGCAACGUUUUCGCUAUUCUGCAGGCUAGAGGCCGAGACCGAGACAGGAGCGGAUCUCCGACCGCCGAUUCAGACGACGCGUCCCUGCACGAGCAGCCACAACACAUUGCCAUUCAGGUGUCUAUUCACCCACCGUUAGACGAGGGAGUCUGUAACGUCGAGGCUCCGCCCCUCACAGAUACGGCCGCAUGCGCCACUUCUUCAGCUCAGGUGAGUGUAGAGACAGAGCCUGAAGAACAGGAGGUGAAGGUGGAGACAGAGGUGAAAGUGGAGACAGAGGUGAAAGUGGAGACGGAGGUGGAGACAGAGGUGAAAGUGGAGACGGAGGUGGAGACAGAGGUGAAAGUGGAGACGGAAGUGGAGACAGAGGUGAAAGUGGAGACGGAGGUGGAGACAGAGGUGGAGGUGGGGACGGAGGUGGAGACGGAGACAGAGGUGGUGGGGACAGAGGUGGAGACGGAGACAGAGAAAGAAGCAGAAAAAUCUCUGACAAGCCAAGUCCUCUACGAAAGCCAUGUGUAAUAUCCUACAGGAUGAUUCUAUUGCUAUGCAUUUCAUGAAUAAAAACGUAGUCUGACA